AUGAUCUGCACCCCACAGUCAUGGGAAAAUGAGGUUUUUGACUCUGAACACAAAUAUCUGGUACUUAAACACAGACCUUACCCCAGAGGUCUUGAGUCCCUCGUCAGGGAAAGCUGGCACCAUGGAGUGGGAAAGGAACUCGGAUUUUAUAUUAAUAUCAGAGACUUAUUUCGUCCAUAUUUUGGUACCAAGAUAGAGCCUCACACAGUCAUACUACACGGGGAUGCUGGAGUCGGGAAGUCCACCCUGGCCAGGCAGCUGAGGAGAGCCUGGCUGGAAGGCCAACUGUACAGGGACCGCUUCCGGCACAUCUUCUACUUCAACUGCAGGGAACUGAACCCAUCACAGACAAUGUGUCUGGCUGAGCUCGUCAUAGAUGAUGGGGCUGCCGCUGGGGCUCUCACUGACCACAUCUUGUCUCAGCCAGAGCAGCUGCUCUUCAUCCUCGAUGGCCUUGAUGAGCCAGAAUGGGACUUAGAGAAGCAAAAGGGUGACACCCAUCUGCAGUGGAGCCUGAAGCAGCCUUUACGCUCAAUUCUGAGCCAGUUGCUGAGGAAAACCAUGUUUCCCACUGCAUCCUUGCUGAUCACCGCUAGAACCAGCGCUCUAGAGAAAUUCAUUCCAUCUUUGAAGCACCCACAAUGGGUGGAGGUGCUGGGGCUCUCUGAGUCUGGAAGGAGGGAAUAUUUCUGCAAAUACUUCACAGACGAAGGCCAAGCAAGCAGAGCCCUGAGCUUGGUGGAGUCAAACCAUGUUCUCUGGGCCCUGUGUCAGCUGCCCUGGGUGUCCUGGCUGGCCUGCACCUGCCUGAGGCAGCAGAUGGAGCAGGGGCGAGAGCUCUCGCUGACUCCCCAGACCACCACGGCCCUGUGUCUGCAGUACUUGUCCCAGGCUCUGCCCACUCAGCCCCUCGGGACGCAGCUGAGGGGCUUGUGCUCUCUGGCUGCUGAGGGCAUCCAGCACAGAAAGACCCUCUUCACUGUGGAAGACCUCAAGAAGCACGGUGUGGAGGGCGCCAUCGAGUCCGCUCUCUUGCCGAUGGGCGAUCCCCAGCAGCCCCCCUCUGCUCAGAGCUACAGCUUCAUUCACCUGUGUCUCCAGCAGUUCCUGGCCGCCAUGUCCUGUGUGCUGGGCUGUAGUAAGGAGGAAAGUGGUGACCCUGAAAGCUCUUUAGGUAUAAGAGAGGCGCUACUAAAAUACUGCAGGCAUGAUGUCUUCGGAGCACCAACCACGCAAUUUGUAUUUGGCCUUCUGGGUGAGCAGGGGGCGAGAGAGAUGGAGAGCAUCUUUGGCUGCCCACUCUCAGGGGAGAGGAAGCAGGAACUCCUGAAAUGGACCCAGGAGGAGGUCCAGCAACAGUAUUUCUUCCACCAGCCAUAUUCCUUACAGUUGUUCCGCUGUUUGUAUGAGAUUCAGGACAAAGAUUUCCUGACACAAGUAAUGGUCCAUUUCCAAGGAACAAGCAUGUGUGUUGAAACCAAAAUGGAGUUCCUGGUGUUCACUUUCUGUAUGAAAUUCUGCCCCCAUGUGCAGCGGCUUCAACUGAAUGAGGCUGGACAAGAUAAACAAGCGUGGGAGCACCCCAGAAUGGUCUUGUACAUGCCUGAUGCAAUCACAGAUACCUGCUGGCAGAUUCUCUUCUCCAUUUCUGGGAUCAUUGAAAACCUUACGGAGUUGGACCUCAGUGGAAACCUCCUGACCAUCUAUGGGGUGCAGAGUCUUUGUGAGGCCCUCAGAUGCCCCCGCUGCCGUCUGAAGACCCUGUGGUUGGUCCGCUGCGGUCUCACCUCCAGCAGCUGCCAGGCCCUGGCCUCCGCGCUCAGCACCAGCCCCUGCCUGACGGAGCUGCACCUGCAGCAGAACAACCUGGGCGACCAGGGCGUGAGGCUGCUCUGUGACGGGCUCAGGCAGCCAGCCUGUCCGCUCAGGCUCCUGGGGCUGGACCAGGCCCGGCUGAGUAAGGAAGUGACAGAGAUGCUGUGGGCCCUGGAGCAGGAGAAGCCUCAGCUGCACAUCUGUGACAGUGGACACCUCAAAAGUUGGAGCUGGUCUCCAACGCUGGACCCCACUGCAGACCUGCUGAUCGGAUCCUUGGGCAGCCAAGGGAUCUUGGUUCCCAGCCUCCAGGAGAUUUUUGAAGAGUCUGACAACCACGUCUACAGUGUGACGGCCACUGAUGAGGGCCCCAGAGGAGGAGAGACGAGUGAUCACACUGCCUCCCUCGGGCAGCCGGCACCAGAACCAGCAGGAAGCCCCCAGGAAGUGGCUGGAGUGGAACCCGUCUGUCGGUCUCCCCCCUCCCCUGUGGGGGGUCCCCACAUGGAGCCUCUGACGACCACAGAUGAGUUGUGGGGCCCCACAGGACAUACGGCUGUCGAGGUGGUUGACCAGGAAAGGAGCCUGUACCGAGCUCACCUCCCCACGGCCGGCUCCUACCACUGGCCCAACACGGGUCUCCACUUUGUGGUGAGAAGGGCAGUGACCGUCGAGAUUGAAUUCUGUGCCUGGGACCCAUUCCUGGACACGAUUGUCCCCCGGGACACCUGGAUGGUGGCAGGACCGCUGUUUGACAUCAAGGCGGACCCAGGAGCUGUGGCAGCUGUGUACCUGCCUCACUUCGUGUCCCUCCAAGGAGACCACGUGGACCCCUCCCAGUUCCACGUGGCCCACUUCAAAGAGGAGGGGACGCUGCUGGAGGAGCCAGCCAGGGUAGAGGCGUGUUACACAGUCCUGGAGAACCCCAGCUUCUCCCCCAUGGGGGUUGUACUGAGAAUAUUUCCAGUUACCAGGAAAAUCAUUCCCAUCACCUCCACCGUGAUGCUUUACCAUCACCUCCGUCCUAGCGAAAUCAACUUCCACCUCUACCUGGUCCCCAAUGACUGCUCCAUUCGGAAGGCCAUAGAUGAUGAAGAAAAGAAGUUCCAGUUUGUGCAAAUACACAAGCCUCCCCCACAGGCCCCACUCUAUGUGGGCUCCCUCUUCACCGUGUCUGGCUCAGAGGAGAUGGAGAUCAUCCCCCAGAAUCUGAAGCUCUGCUAUCGGAGCCCUGGGAAGAUGCAGCUCUUCAGUGAGAUCUGUGUUGGACAGAUGGAGUCAGGGAUCCGGCUGCAAAUACAGAACAAGGAAGAUGGGACAUUGGUGUGGGAGGCCUUGGUGAGACCAGGAGACCUCAAACAAGCCACCGCGCCGGUUUUUGCAGCCCCGAAAGGAGCACCAAAGUCGGAGCACUUCGUGGACCAGUGUCGGGAGCAGCUGGUGGCGCGAGUGACCUCCGUGGACCCUGUCCUGGACAAGCUGCUCGGGGAGGUGCUGAGUGAGGAGCAGUAUGAGGCCGUCAGGGCCGAGGCCACCAAGCAGGCCCAGAUGCGCAAGCUGUUCAGCUUCAGCAGGGCCUGGGACUGGGCCUGCAAAGACCGCCUCUACCAAGCCCUGAAGGAGACCCACCCCCAUCUAAUUGGUGAACUCUGGGAGAGGGGGGACAGUGGAGGACGCUGAGGGCUCCUGCCGAGCUUGGCCGGGGACUUCUGCACCCUGCAUGAGUCCUGCCCUCCUGGUGGCUCUUGAGUCUCAGUUUCUUCAUCUCUAAAGUAGCAGACCUGAGUUGCCUCUUGCUGUAAUUGUUGUGGACUCUAGGCAAUGAUGUCCAUGCCCAGGGUUACCGCCCAGGCACCCAGCUGCCCCCAAAUUUCACAGGCAGCUGCCCAGGGGAUGACAUGCUGGGGCUGGACCUGAGAACUUAGUCCCCCAGAGCCUGUGUGGUGGGGACCCUCCCUAGGCAUCCAGAGGAAGGGGCAGGGGACAUGGCACUGGCCACUUAGGCUGAGACAAUGACAACAGACACCUUAGGGGUGGUGUGAUGAUGUUUUGUGA